GGCGCGGAAGCGUUGCGUGCACCCUCGGAAGCCGGCGGGCGGCAGAGCAGCGGCGGCCACGGCCGGGCGCCCCGACCGGAGGGGCUCUGGAUCGCUGGAGGCGGCUGAAUCCCUGCGGCGGCGCCGCCGGCGGCGGCGGCGGCCCCAUGAAUCGCGGGACCAUGCCUCAGCCCGGAGCGUGUCCGGGCGCGAGCUGCGCCGAGAAGCCGGUGCGGGAGGCGGGGGCCGCGGCUCCGGAGGGCAGGAAGGCGGCGGCCGGUGGGCUGCCGCGGACCAAGCUGCGGUGCCCAGCUGAGCACGAAGAGGACAUGUAUCGUGACGCGGAUGAAAUAGAAAAGGAGAAAGAAUUACUUAUACAUGAAAGAGGGUCAUCAGAACCCAGAUUAAGUGUCGCUCCUGAAAUGGACAUCAUGGACUACUGCAAAAAAGAGUGGAGGGGAAAUACGCAAAAAGCAACAUGUAUGAAAAAGGGCUACGAGGAGGUGUCUCAGAAAUUCACCUCCAUAAGGCGAGUCCGUGGAGAUAAUUACUGUGCGCUGAGGGCCACGCUGUUCCAGGCCAUGAGCCAGCCGGCGGAGCUGCCCUCCUGGCUGCAGGACCCGGAGCUCACGCUGUUACCAGAAAAACUCAUAAGCAAAUACAGCUGGAUCAAGCAGUGGAAACUUGGACUGAAAUUUGAGGGGAAGAGCGAGAACCUGGUUGAUAAAAUUAAGGAGUCCCUCACAUUACUAAGGAAGAAGUGGGCAGGCUUGGCUGAGCUGAGAACUGAAGCAAGACAGAUAGCUUGCGAUGAACUGUUCAUGAAUGAAGACGACGAGUAUUGCCUCUAUGAAGCUGUCAAAUUUCUAAUGCUAAACAGAGCCAUUGAACUGUACGAUGACAAAGAGAAGGGAAAGGAAGUUCCAUUUUUCUCGGUGCUUCUCUUUGCUCGGGAUACAUCCAGUGACCCUGGACAGCUGCUGAGGAACCAUCUAAACCAGGUGGGACACACUGGUGGCCUUGAACAGGUUGAAAUGUUCCUUCUUGCCUACGCGGUGUGCCACACCAUCCAGGUGUACCGGCUCUCCAAGUACGGCACUGAGGAGUUCCUCACCAUCUACCCUACCGACCCACCCAGGGACUGGCCAGUGGUGACCCUGAUCGCCGAGGAUGAUCGGCACUACAACAUCCCUGUCCGAGUGUGUGAGGAGACGAGUCUGUGAGACACACUCAGACGGCCCGGCAAUGCGGCCAAGCUGGGCCCUUGUUUACUACAUGUAUCCCUGACUCAGCCUGGUGCCCACCUGUGUAAGUGCAGAGUCCUCCUUGCAGCAGCCCAGUGCCUGGAGUGAGAGGAAGGACCAGCCUGGAAGAGCAGGGUGAGGUGUGCGGUGGGAGGAGGCGGACAGGCUGCUGGGAACGGUUGUGCAGGCUGUGCACUGCAAAGCUCUAGGUGUCAUUCACAUCGUGGUCCAGGAGUACACAUGAGCUUGGGAAGGAGAACCAUUCUGGAGCCAUUUUUGGCAUCUAGGCCUUAGGUGACCAGGAGCACCUGAACUAAACCAGUGGGACGAAAGAGGGUGCAGAGGGAGGGAGAGAAGUGAGAGAUGCUGGGAGCGAGAACUGACAAGGUCAGUGACUUGACUGAGGGAGAGGUGGCACAUGGCGUAGGCUGGUGUCCGGGCGGGUGCUAAUGUGACUCAUCUAGCUGGAGAGGGGUGGAAGUCUGCGGGGGGCAGGGCUUAAGGCUGAGAUGUUGGGAGGUGACUGGACUGCAGUUCUGGAACAAGUCAGGGCAGGAAAAACAGCCCUGGGGAUCCCCAGUGUAUAUUUGGAAUUGGAAACAGGCCCAGAUUAGGUCACCCAGGAGCAUGUAAACUAGGUUCCCAACUAAGGUGGGAGCAGGCCUGGGGUGGGGGUGGGCAGGUGGAGUCUUUUUUAAAGAAGGUGGAAUUAAAUAGCAACACAGCUGUAGGGUGAGGAAGGCCACUGGAAUCUGGGCAGUGGCAGCAUUUGGGGGAAAGGCGGAAAGAAGAACAGAGCUGAGCUGGGACGCGGUGCUGCCAGGCACCGGGGAGAAAUCCCUUUUUGACUCCGUCACGCGUGAACAUGGGAGCAUCUCUCCUAACAGGGCCCCGGGGGCUGACCAUAGCCGGCUUUCCUCAGCUACUUGUCUUUAGAGCAAGAGAGCCUGGUACACGAGUCAGAGGAAAGAAUUCUAGGUGUGUGGUAUAAUGUGAAGUUUGAUAAUAAUUAUUCUAUUUGUUCAUUCUCUUUUGGUCUUUGGAUCCAAAGGUUCUGAACCCAAAGUUAGACUGGCCUUUGUUUUGUUUUGUAAAAGCUCUAGUAGUUUUUCUUUGCUGAAAGGAGCCCGGCGGUAGAGUUGGUGGCUGGGGUGCUCCCAAGCUGCCUGGGAGCCUGGCGGACGUGCACCCCCGCCUUUGUGCACCGCCGUUGACGGCUCUGCAAAUCCUGACAUCGCAGCGGAGGGGAGCUAGAAAAGAUCUUGUUCUAGCGCAGAGGAGGCAGAUCCAGAGGCAUCCGAUAACCUGCCUGGCUCACAGCUAAUAAGAAGCAGAGAUAGAAUGAGGACUCACAGCUGCUGACUUUUUUCCUUUUGUGCAAAGACCAGUGUGUUGAACUGUGAAGUGGUAUUUACUGGCUUGCAUUGUCCAGUAGGGAGCCUGGAGCUUGCUGGGGGCAUAUAAGAACAUAAACAAUGCCAAUAUGCCCUUCACCCCAGCAUUGCCUUUCAAAGUGUUGAAAAGGAAAACUUAGAACAGGGCUUAGUUUUCUCCUUGAUAUUAACUUAAAAACCCAUUCAGUUGUAUCUAUGAAUGUAUUUAAACUACUUACCGCAAGGUGAAACCUUUCAGUAGUUUACCACCAUUGUAUAAGGUGUGGAUGUGGGUGGUUUAGGACAAUUCAUAAAUAGGCAGAGUAGAGACAGGUGUUUCAAAACCAUGAACCAGCUUGUGGUUUACUUUAACAUCUUCUUGAUUAAAAGCCCUCAGCCCUCAGAAAUGAAGACAAAUAUGAACACUGAAAGUCUUCUGCAAUGUGUGAGGAAGGGGGCAGUGGGCAGGCCGCUGGGAACGGUUGUGCAGGCUGUGCACUGCAGAACUCUAGGAGGGGUCAUUUACAUUGUUGUCCAGGUGGACACACGAGCGUGGAGAAGGGAAACUGUUUUGGAGGCUUCAGUAGCAUCCAGGCCCUAGGUGAACAGGAGCCCUGGAGCUAAGCCAGUGGGAAUACAGAAGAUGCAGAGGGAGGGAUGGAAGUGAGAGAAACUAGAGGGGAGGACUGAUGGGGGUUAGUGUGACAGUGAGGGAUGGGUGUGUCAUGGAGGAGGUUUCUGGGAGGAUGAGCAUGUGAUUCAUCUGGGGUGGCAGGAGAAAGUGUGGGGAGGGUGCAGAUUUGCUGACAAUGUCUGGGCCAGUACAGCUCCACACCCUACCUCAUAGCCAAGCAGGAAGACCUCUAAGACUUCAAAAUCAUGUGGUAUUAGAGGCAGUAAGAGGGCAGCAUGGCAGAGGUAGUACUGCCACUGGCAUUUUAACUCAGACAUGUCCUGAAGCAGGAAAGCGAACACGCGGUCAGAAGCAGGUCAGUAGCAUGCUUACAUCCUUGUUGAUUUCAGGUAUGUAAAAAAACACAUUCUCUAUAUAAUCUCUCAUAGGAGGUUAAAAAAAAAUGAGAGCCAUCAUUCUUUGAGGUCAAGACAUUAUAGCUGAAAAAACAGUAAUGCUUUUCACAUAAAGACUGAUAAGAGCAAGUCUCUCAGAUGUGGGCAGGUGGGGUUUUACAUGCUGUACCUCUUACUUUCCUAAAGCCAGGCUGUCUGGAUCUCCAUUCUAGAAGCGGUGGGGAGAAGCUGGGCCUCAGAGAAGAACUUUCAGUAUUGCUGUAGUUGUGGGAAGUAAAAAUCCAUUUUAAUACAGAAUAAAAUUUGAAGAAAUGGCUCAUGUUUAAAUAAGACAGGGAGUUUGGGGAAAUAUCCCAGUGGCUAGAGGUUUUAGCUACCAAGGCAAAGGGGGAAAUUUUAAUGUCUCAUGUACGUUUGACAAAAAAGGGAAAUUGUAGUCAGAAUUAGGAAACCAUAUAAUUUGGGGCAUGUAAACAGACUAAUGGUUAGAACAAGAAAAUCAAGAAACUAAAAACAAUUUCAAUCAUAUGCCAACCAUCUAAGCUUUACUUAAAGUAAAAUUAAAAUAUGAAAGCUGUUUGACAAUAUAUGAGCACAAAUUCCUCCUCCUCCAAAAAAUUCCAAAAAAGAAAAGCAUAUAUAAAUGCUCUUAACAAUGCAAAAACUUACAUCUAUGAAAUACAUACACAGCAUUUAAAUGCAGCGUAUAUUUUAUACUGACCUCUGCAGUCAAUUUUAAUGAAGGCUGUACAAAUAUUUUAAUGUGAUUGGCUUUAACAGUUUAAACUAAACCCACAGUUUUGACGUGAAACCAAAAAGCCUGUAAGCUGACAGCCACAGCUCACGUAGAAUAAUGAGUCCCAGGAGACUUAAUUUUGUUUUAAAAAAAAAAUUCUGGAUCACUGCUAAUGUUCAGAUCUGAAAGAAAGAAUGAGGUAAUUUUAUUUCUCCAUUGCAGGAUCCCGUACCAUGUUGUAAAUCCCAGAUCCUACACAGACUGUUAGACCAGGAAGGAGCCUUGGCAAUAAUGACUGGACCCUCUCGAUGUACAGGUGGCCGCCGUGAGGCCAGAGAGGUGUGAGUGACGCUGAAGUUCUCCUUGUAUGAACUAGCACAGGCUUGUCGCUGCUGAACAGGAGCCCCCGUGUGGCUCUGUCAAGGUUUCUGAAGCCCCGCGACGAGCUUCUUGCUCUUUCCAGCUUCAGAUAUUUGCCCUUUCCAUACACUACGAAGCAAACCGAAUGUGGUGUGGGUCGAAGGAGCAGUGUGUUUGCCCAUAGGCCUUGUGGGUGUGGGGGAGUGGCCUGCUUCCCGGUGACUGGGCCACGCCUCGGGUGCUGGGUGCCUGGCGUUGAGGUACCGUGUACCUCCUUUGUUCAUCCAGAGUGGCUUGAACUUUGCUUUCAGUAUCAGGUUCAUCCAAACAGUGGGUCCCCCAUGUCUGUGGCCCCACACUUCACGGAACCAGAAUCCACCUGGCUGUAGUGGUCCCCACUCCCAAGUCACCAUUUCUUGUCCCUGGUUCACAGAUGGACAACAUCUGCCUCUAAACCUCACAGUAACGACCAGUCUCUGUACAUCACUGAGUCUCCACGAAGCCAUAGGGCGAGUGGUGCAUCUCCCCACUGUAACCUAAGGAAACCACGUAUUCUUCUGGAGAGAGAAAGGGUUCCUAGGUCUUGUGCGCUUUUGUUUACGUAUACGGACUGUAGAAGCCAAGUCUUUAGUGAAGUGCACUUUAAGUUACAUCUCCUAACUUAAAAAGAGGCACCAAAUAAACAUGUGCUGAAUCUGUGGGUAGCUGACAGCCAUCUAUAAAAGUGCAUAGAUCUUACAGUCGUUCAGAGACCCUGGUUGAUUGCAAAUGAAGCAGAGAAAAAAUUAUCCUGGAACCACUUGGACUUGGCAGAGAUGAUUAAAAAAAAAAAAAAAGACUUUGGAGGUGCACCUUUGAUGAGCUGCUUUGCCACAGCGAAUAGUUCUAACCUCCCCUCGGGAGAAGAAAGUGAAGUCAACUUACAGCAAGAUCUUACCACCUCCCCUUCACUGUUUUCCCUUUUUGAGAUCAGACAGUAAACACUAUAAUUUGUUACACCUUUCCUGACUUCGGCGUUGGGUGUGGGUUGAUUACGUAAUUACACGUCUCACAUUUUGCACACUUAGGUAGUUCAUUUUAGACUUUUAACCUGUAAAAGGGUAGGAGCAGGGCCUUUUGGUCUAUUUUUCUUCAGAUUUUCUCUACAUCCUGUUUUAUGUGUGGUUAGAUCAGCUGAUGAGUCACGUGGUGUUUUGCUGCUUCAAAGGCCAGAAAUAGAGACUCCAAGUAACCACACAGAGGACCAUCUUGAAUGUUUACCAAACACGUUGCUCAAAAACAUGCUUUUCUACGGUUCAAAUGCUUUUUAUGAAAGAGCUCUGUGAGGGCUGUGCCUGAGGCUGUGUCUCGGAAGGCAGGUGGGAGCCUGGUUUCAGGGAAUCGGCUGCACAUGCAACGCAGACCUCUAAACACUUACAGAUCGCCACGUGCUACAAAGCCUUGCUCAUUGCAAUUUUGGUUCUCUAUAUGCAUAAAGGUCAGGACUUAGCACAUAAAAGGACCGAGCAUUGCUUUGAUUGAUGAAGACUUCAUCCUAAGUUAGGAGGGCAGCUCGCCUGCAAAGUAGGAAGCCAGAAACCCUGGCUGGUGGGUACAUACCAGCUCAUGCUGUCCUGGGCACUGGUCUGCUGAGAUAUUCAGAAAUAGAAGGAUUCUUGAAUACAAGAAAAUGUUUCUCAAAGUAAUCAUUUAAUUACAACAACAGUACUACUUUCUCAGUCUUUCCCCCACUUCAGUUUGAAGAAGGAAAAAAAAAUCCAGUCAGAGAGCUACUGAGUCUUUAAAUGGGUAUGUUUCUGGAAACUAAGGGCACAAAACAGCUGACCUCCCCCUGCCCCUUCCAGAUGAUUCCCAAGUGAGGAGGAGUUAGGAGGGUCAGUCGGUGUUAACUCUUUUACAUCUAGCUCUAAAGUUAUCAUUGAGUAAGUUCUGGUGUCUGGGGACUGCGGGAGAGGCAGGAAAAGGCUGCAUGUGGGGACCACCGAGCUGGGCCCCGGCUGGAGAGCACCCUGGCGUCUGGCUUGAUGGACCAUCUUGAGUCUGGACCUCCCUCCUUGUGGGCCUCCUGCCCACUGCGCCUGCAAUGGUUAUUUAUUGCAAGGACUCAGGAGUGAAAAAGAAAGUGCUUUUACUACCGUAACGAAAUCUCCUUAGCCAUCCAAUAUACCCUACAGCAAAGCCAGAAGUUUCUGUUUCUGAGUAUCAGCCGUCCCAGGCAGUUUCAGAGCCAGACCACCUGGUACUGCUAAAAUACAAAGCAAAACAUACAUGCAAAUCAGAGAAGAUGACCUUUGGGCACAAGACCAGCCAAACCUGGGCAGCGAGGGGGUGUGGCUGAUGUCAACCUGUGGCCUUUGUGCCCAAAGUAAGGAAUCCCAAGCAGGUGAGGGUUUCCGGCCAACGUGCAAACCUCGCCACACGCCGAGCCACAUGGCCGGCAGGUCCUGCCCAAUCACAUCUUUCCUGGAGCCAGCCCGGCCUGCUUCCUCCUGCUCAGAUCUUGGUGUCUCACUGAUGCCAGUGGCACCGAGGUCCCGCUCAUUGUGGGCAGAGCCCACGGCAGCUGCGUGGAGAAUGAGAAAGCAAAGAGCGGCCUGCUUUGACACAACCAGCUGCUCUGACCUGAGCUGGCCCAGAGAAGACCCCCGGGUUGGAAAGACCUCUCUGAAUGGCCCAAACUCACUUCUCAGCAUCUAAAUAAAAGCAGCUUCAUGCUCCCGUGGUUUUAGAUUGUGUGUGUCUACAAGGCACCGGUCCACACUGAGAAAGUCAUGGCUGGUCUUUGCAUAGUCCUUGGCCUGAGGCUUUCACAGAAAUCCUGAGUGACUUGCAAGAGAAAAGGAACCUGUGUCGGGGGAAGGUUUCUUUGGUCGAUGAAGUCCAAGGGGUGCCCCCCCAUCACCCUGAAAAGUGGGAAGGAGAAGGGCCCCCCCCCUCCCCAGCCCGUGCCGAAGAACCUGCCGGCGGUGGGGUUUGCUUUAGAAGUUAAGGUGUGUGCUUGUCAGGCCGGCGGGUUUUAGCAGCACAAGCCAACGAAGGAACUGUGUCAGGGGAGCGUGUACUUCAGGAAGAAAGGUCUUGGACACGGGCGUCCUGCAGAGUCACAGCUCCAUCGUGGCGGUCUGGGUCUGGGCUUGCGGCCCGUGUUUUCCCAAACUAGCAAAAUACCAUGGCCCACGAAUCUUCACCCUGAAAGUGCCUCUGAUGUCAGAAUGCCCUCUUCUAGUUGCAUAAGGAGCCUGGGGGGUCUUUCCUCGAUUUUGAGGGAAGGAAUUUGCUUUUUCAAUUUGCUCUUUAAGCUCCAACCCCACAAGCAUGAAAUACUAAUCACACAUGUUAAAAAAUACUGCUGUUUAAUUUUCUAGUCAUGUACUUUAAAAAAGCUGAUACAAUUAGAUUUUUCCCCCAUCCUCUCAGAUCUGCCCCUGAAACACCCCAAAGUUAUGCAUCUUAAUUUUCUGCAUAUAUAUAUAUGACAAAUUGCUCACAGGAAGCACAUGGGGAUUUGUCCAGACAUGUGAAUGGACCCUGUGAUGUUCAUGGCUGACUCCAAGCCCUUACAUUCUUUUUUUUCUAUGAGGGACGAUAUGAUUACACAGCACUGAAAGCAAUAAAUGCAAAAGGCUUGACUUUUUCCUUCUUUUUGCUCUUCUAGCAUGUAUGUCCAUUCCCACGAUAGUCUACACCACCUGACCCAUUUAAACCCCUGUUACUCAUAGUGAAAAAUAGUUCUCUUGUCAUUUACUGACCCUUAGAUUUAUAUACAAAUGACAGACUGUAAAACUGCUACAAACAAGAUACAACAUCCAUGGAUACAAUACGUUUUCAACUGCAGGUACCUUGAGCACACGAGCAAUCACCGUAUUGUAUUAGAGACAUUUUAUUGAAAAUGCGAAAAUAGGAAAUGUAUUAUAGCCUAAAAUAAAUUACAUAACAUAUACAGUAUAUAUUUAUAUCUUUAAAAUAUUUUUUUUUGUGUUUAGGUUCUUUCAGUCUAGGAAUUUUGACUAAAUCAAGAAUUUAGUGAACUGUGUCCAUAAUUUUUUAAAGAAAAAAACCCGCUUUCCAAAACUUAGAAAAAUAGACUGCACUAAAUGGAUUUCAAAUGUAUCAUUUCAGGGAGUAUCACAUAGUGAUUUUGCUAUGGUUUAUAAAAUGUCUUGCUUUCUCGUGUGGCGUAAAAGGGGAAUACAGUACACUCGGAAUUACCUGUACCGCAUGGUGAGGACUAAGAAUGGCAGGACCAGGUCAUAAAUCUACUUCCCAAGUGACGAUUCGGCAACCUGGCAUUAGAAUGCUAGAUUAUGACUUAAAGCUUCAGUUCCCUUUAAAAACUAACAUGUAAAAGUUAGAAUGCUCCGUUUCACUUGCUCUAGUGCCAUCUUCAGGAAAGGUGAGUGAAAAGCAAGCCUUCUGGGAAAGUCAUGCCCAAGGACGCUGCGAUGGGGAGAUGCGCUUUUGUGACACCUUGAACAAGGCAGCUCACGUAUGUACAUGGCGGUGCGGGAAAGUGCGCGCACACUCAAAUCUAGGAAAAAUGUGAGGUGAGACGCUAUCAUUUGCAUGUAUCAGUUCGCUGCUCCCACGGCACCUCAAACCUUCCCAUGGGAGAUGAUUUCCAUCUGUCCGUCCGUCCAGUGUGUUCACAGAUCCAUUCCUGAGCAGGAACGGCCACUCUGGGCUGCAGCCUGGUGCUGCCCUCCGCACGCGUGUCACAGACGGUUUGUGCCUCCACGGUGGGAGGUUGCUGGCUUACAUCUCUUUGCACAGCCAUGUUACUGGGAAGCCAAUCAAAGAAAGCCGAGUUGUCACCUGUUGAUUCUUAAGAGUGAUGCAAGGGACAGGGUGAGUCUGUGGCCUGCUGGGCAGUGGUGGCCAAGGGGUGUGCCGUGGUCCUUUGGUUCCAAGUGGAGACUGUCCGAGGGAGGGGAGACAACGUAGACUACCAGGCAGCUAUGUCUUUGGGGUUUUCACGAAGCGGGGGCAUGAAGUCAAUUGUUCUGUUUCCACAAAGCAGUGGCAAGCCCAUUCUGCAGGCCCCCACAUCAGCGUGAGCAUACCCAGUAUGCCAGCGUGUCUGUGAAACCUUUGAAUCAAGGUCUCUUGCGUUACCAAAACAAAAAACCAAAAACAAAACCGGAAAAAAACACGACAGGAGAGCAGAUGACGCCGAAGUGUCACCUUAGCUGUCCCUGCAGCGCCUCAUUCGUUCUCCCUCAUCUCCACAAUGUCUGUCCCUUCCUCUGCUGGAGGUAUGUCCGUCAUCGCCGAGUCCUCCCCCUCGGCGGCCGACUCGGUCUCCAUCUUCUUUUUCUAGACCAGAGAAGACUCAUCAGCGUGGGGCUGGGACAGGGGCACGUUGCAGCAGAGCCAAGAGCAGGGAGAGGCCACAGGGUCUCAGGGGACCCCUUGUUUAUGGUUGGGGUGACCUUGCUGAUGCUGCAUCUCAGUCAGCUCUUCCUUUCGGUGGGGUUACCUGGCUGUCGGCCAUGCUUGGACUGGGAGAGGCACUCAGGGAUCCCGUCUCCCACUUCCGGGCUGUCAGCUGAUGGAGGCCUACCUCUGCCCAACCACGGCACUUCCCUGCAGUCCCUCCCGAUGGUGGCUCUGCCCUCCCCUCCCCUCCUCCUCCUCAGGUGCAGACAUGACUCCUUAUACCUGGGGCAGGUGUGCGGUUUUGUCCCCAUAUCUCACCUGUUUCCGGUAGACGUAGCACGCUGCUAUGGCGACCAUAGUGGAUUCUCCCACAAACCCUGCAAGGAGGGAGCCCACACCCAGGGUGGCUCCAUGGACCCUGGGGAUGAGAACACAGGGGACAUUCGUCUGUUAAAGCCGUGCUGAGGCAUAGUCAAGUCAAAACCCAGCUGAAACUCAGGAAAGGGGUGGACAACAGGGGGACGGGACAAUUGCAUUAGAGAUCUGAUGGUGAGGGCUGCACCUGAGAAACGGUCCACCUGAGUGCGGGGGGGGGGCCUGGAACUCCAAGCCCAGCCAACUCCCACCCCAGCUCCAGGCCUCAGCUCAGCACUGCUGGGGGCAGGGGAGGUGGGCUUGUCCCCCGGCUCGUGGGCCCAAAGCAUCUCGCCCCUCCUCUCCGUGUAGUGAGGUUUUCCUAGUUGUGGGGCUGACUAUGCCCCUUCCUAGGAGACCGGAGCCCCUGAGGACAAAGGCGGCACCUUUGCUCCCUUGUGUUUGUCCCUUCCGGUUCUGCCACACCGUGGUAGAUGCUCAGUGAACACUGUGUGGAAGCCGGACGAGAAAGUACUCUUCUGGAAUGGAUCUCAGCAGCCUCCCCCCCGGUGCCCAGGCAGAGAAGCAAGGUAUCACUCUGCAUUUCUAAGCUGGGGACAUGCUUGGGGAGUUCAGGGGAAAAAGCAGAUUUAACUUCUGGACAGAACUCGGACACAGCAGCAGGAGCACAGCCCCAGCCCCCAGCGAUGUACCCCAGCCCCUGGCGACGCACCCCAGCCCCCCGGCGACGUACCCCAGGUAGGGCAGGACAACGAGGCUGGCGAUGAGGACGACGAUCCGCAGCACGGAGCUGGGGGCCAGGACGAAGGUCUUCUUCAGGGUCAUCAGCCACCCGGUGAGAUGGGCCCUCACAGUGAC